CUGAGAGAGAGAGAGAGAGAGAGAUAGGGAGAGAGGGCGCUUUCUCCAGCUGCGGUGACAGACCCGCAACACAACAUUGUUACACUCGACUCGGGAGCACUUCUGCGCGAUGCAAACAACCGCACCGGCCGCGGCAAAGCAGCGAUAAACCAGCCGGGUUUAAAAGCUGCGCAAACCCUGCAGUGUUGGGAUGACAACAGACACACGCUGGUCGAUUAAUGGACUGUGUUACAGACUAGAUUCCUUUUUAUUUUGCACAACAAUCUGAGGGAGACAGAGUCCAGCACUGCAACCGGGCAGGUGAGUGCAAGUCCCCCCCCCUUCCGCCACCUCAUGCCAUGGAGAAGUACGAGAAGCUGGGGAAGAUUGGGGAGGGAUCGUACGGGGUCGUGUUCAAGUGCCGGAACAGAGACACGGGACAGAUCGUGGCCAUCAAGAAGUUUGUGGAGUCGGAGGACGACCCUGUCAUCAAGAAGAUCGCGCUGCGAGAGAUCCGCAUGCUCAAGCAACUGAAGCAUGUGAAUCUGGUGAAUCUGCUGGAGGUUUUCCGCAGAAAGAGGAAGCUGCAGCUGGUGUUUGAGUUCUGUGAGCAGACCGUGCUGCAUGAGCUGGACCGGCACCCCCGCGGAGUCCCGGAGCCUCUUCUCAAGAGCAUUGUGUGGCAGACACUGCAGGCCGUCAACUUCUGUCACAAACACAACUGUAUCCACAGAGACGUGAAGCCUGAGAACAUCCUGCUCACCAAGACCGGCGUCAUCAAGCUGUGUGACUUCGGAUUUGCGCGCAUUCUCACGGGUCCAGGUGAUGACUACACAGACUACGUGGCGACGCGCUGGUACCGCGCCCCCGAGCUGCUCGUGGGGGACACGCAGUACGGGCCCCCGGUGGACGUGUGGGCGAUCGGCUGCGUCUUCGCUGAGCUGCUGUCGGGGAAUCCUCUGUGGCCAGGCAGAUCUGACGUGGAUCAACUGUACCUGAUAUGCAGGAGCCUGGGUGACCUGAUCCCGCGCCACCAGCAGGUGUUCCGAUCCAAUCUGUUCUUCAGUGGAGUCAGCAUUCCCGAACCCGACACCACGGAGCCCCUGGAGAAGAGAUUCCAUAACGUGUCAGGCCAGGCGCUCGUCGUCAUGAAGGCCUGUCUGGUGAUGGACCCUGCGUCCCGCAUGUCCUGUGAGGCUCUGCUUGAGCUGCAGUACUUCGACAGCCAGCGAGGGGACGACACCGAGGGGGUGUCCCGGGACCCCGAGAGAGGGGCGGGGCGCAAACACGAGAGGGGGGCCAGGAGGAGAGUGCAGGGGCCGCAAUACCUCCCCCAUCUACCCAGCAGCAACAUCUCCCCAGCUCCAGAAGUGAAGAAGCACUUCAAACACAAGUUCGACCAUCACCUUCCGAACAUCUGAACGGGGGAGGGGAGGGGCGGAUCCUGGCUGGAAGGGGGCGUGUCUAUCCCGAUUCUGGCCUGACGUGGGAUAGGCAAAUCAGCGUUUGAUGCAAAUAUUAAUAUUAAUAUGUAAAAUUCGGCCGAGCGUUCUCAAGACUGCUACGACGCUGCUUUGUGGUUUUAACGAUGUCUCCUUUAGCGUUUCUGUAGUGCUGCCUGGGAUGCAGGUAAUGGGAGGAUGUUAGAGGUGUUCGUUCCCGUAGAAAAGCACUUCUGCCCACCUCACAGUCUGUCUGACUCGGGCCUGCUGCGCUUCACCUGCACAGGGUGUUCAAUUGCGGUGAACAGUCUGUGGAGAGCUGUGAAAGGCCGUCUGAUUUAGAACGACACAGUUAUAUUGAUGUUAGAAAUCUACAUAUUGAUGCAUUUCAAUGAUUUAGUUAGAAAGAGAUGCAUUGUGAUCUCCCGACAACCAUCGUCGCCUGUUGGAUGUCACCCCCUUACAUCAGUUGUCAUCUGCUGGUGAUUAAAUAUAAUUUCAAAAACCCGAUUCCACUUCAGAUCUGUUAUUGUACAAUGCAGUUAACGAGAUACACUGUUUAACCAAACAGGAUGUGCAGUCUGGGGCUUUCUUUCUGUGCAAAAUCAAAGAGACGCACAGAGACCGUGUAUGUAGUUCUAUUACAAUAGCAACAGUCUUCACAAAUACUGAGAAUUGUUUUAUUAUUAUUAUUAUUAUUAUUAUUAUUAUUUUUAUUAUUAUUAUUAUAUUAUUAUUAUCUACAAUACAGAUGCCGUUUUGUAGCAUAAAGGAUGAGAUUGUUGCAUUUCAAUAAAAAAAUCAAACAGAAAUAUCUAAUAAUGUCUUUUGGAAAGUUUAAUUAUUAAUGAUGUUGAAUAAUGUAACAUUCAUAAUAAUAAAACAAUGAAAUUGAAUGUUUGUGUGUGAAAAUGGAUUUGUCUCAAACAAUUGUUCCCAACCAGCAACUAUUAUUAUUGAAAUCUAUCUGUCUGUCUAUCUAUAUUCAUUUAUUUGAAAAUAACUUUCAGUCUAAGCAUUCAUGGUCUGGAAUAUCGUUCUAUGGCAAGUAUAUGCAUAUCAGGGAUUGGAAUAUAACUCCUACUGCACAACCCUUUCAUCCAGUCCUGGUUUUACUAUGAGCUUGACCAACAGUGUCUAGGUAACAAGCUCAGGUGUGUCUUCUUAAACUCACAGUAAAACCAGGAAAGGAUCACACUGCUAUGCAACUGGGGAUUAUUUCCAUCCCAGUAUAAGAACAGUAAGAUACUCACGUGUGCUGGUGAUACACAGUAGUUAUUAUUAUUAUUAUUAUUAUUAUUAUUAAUAAUUUUAUUAAUUUUAUCCAAAGCGAUGUAGAGACUA